CCAAGCCUCUCUAUCUCUCCCCACCGAAACUUAGGGGAGUCGCGUGUUAUCGAAUCAACCUUCCGACCGUUCUAUCGAGAAACUGUCAUCUACUUUCUUAAUUUCUUUUGUUAGAUAGCUGCGUAUAGUCGAAGAUUCUGUCUUCCCUAUUUUUCGAACUUUAUAGGCAUUUUGUCAAUUUAUUUUCCAAUAAUUCUUAUUCGCCCGCGAUCGUUCCAUCCUAUAACCUUGUCCAACUACCGAGGAAUAUUUUCCAGAGAAGCCGGUGUCUUUUAUGCUUCCAUGAUCUCCUUAUUAGCGCCUCUUCAAGUGGCUUAAGCCAGUCCAAAUCCCAGGAUGUCGACGGCCGACAAUGUGACCGAUGCUCCCGGUCCGUCCGGAGAGCAAAUUCAUGCAAUCCGCGACGCCGAGUCGGAAAGUUCAUAUGCUAGGAGUACUGAUUCUUCUACACCGGGAUGCGACUCCUACUACGAUUGCCCGACGCAUAGAUUUCCGAGGAAUGCUGUGAUAGACGUCAGCCCCAACACAUCUGAUGCUGGCAGAAGCGACCAGUCUCUUCCAUCUGAAGAUUCGUCAUCGCAGGUUAACGGCAUAGCGGAGGAUUCAGCUAGCGUGGAACAUCCAGAUGUCGAAUUAAGUGGAGAAGCUAUAACAACGCCUGGGCAGGUUCCAGCUUUGGAUACGGAAUUAUCGAGCAUCAGUGGCUCAUCUGAGGAGCAGGCAAAUUCAGAGCCAACACCAGUGCCAGCGCGGGGCAUGAGGGGGACUUCUGCAGCACAAGAGGCCGGUAUCACUCUGAGGGAAGCUCUACAUCAAACAGUCGAGUCACUCGCCGAACUAUCUAUCUCGAAUGAAGACACAUCACAUUCUACGCCAGAUGGAAGAGCCGAGCUCCCAGAUGAUGCAAGUCGAAAUAAUAUAGCUUCAACCUCCAACCCACCCGAGAAUCAGCGACCUACCUCAAGAUUGAACCCGAUAGCACCACCGUUCUCUCCAAGGAGGUCUCCGCAAGAAGUUUCCCUUCCACGGUGGCAGCCGGAUAGUGAAGUGACGUACUGUCCAAUAUGCCGUACACAGUUCAGCUUUUUUGUUAGGAAGCACCAUUGCCGAAAAUGCGGAAGAGUUGUAUGUAAUUCAUGCUCGCCACAUAAGAUUACGAUACCGCAUCAGUAUAUUGUGCGGCCACCUGGAGAACGGAACUUUCAUCGGUAUUCCUUUCUCGGAGAAGAAGGUAGCAUUGCCGAUUUCAGUGCUUUAGGAGGCGGCGAACAGGUCCGGCUUUGUAACCCCUGUGUUCCGGACCCGAAUACAACACCGCCGCAAACUCAGCACUCGACGGGACAAUUCUCCCCGAGAUCACCACUUCCUCAUCACCGGUCUCAAAGCAGUUCUAGUGGUAAUUAUAAUUAUAAUGGUAAUCACAACAGCGACAACAAUGUGAAUCGUUACCCACAAUAUAUGAUACCGCCCAACAUGUCCCCGGACACCUAUUCCAGGAGUCGAAGUGUCACCAUGCACUCUGGCCCGGGUCCCUCAAGAGCUACGAGUAGUAAUUACUACCCUCCUCAGAGCCGGAUCAUAAGCGGAACUUCACCAACAUACUACCCACAUCCAUACUCUACAUAUCGUCACUCUUCUUUCCUAGGUCAUCGUUUCCCCGGUGCUUCUCUGGCUGAUCUAGCCGAUAUGGCUGGCCUUGGGGGUCCAUCAUCUUCCUCCUCGGCGGCGACGAUGAAUCGCCCAUUGCCACCUCCGCCCCAGAUUCCCGAGGAGGACGAGUGUCCCAUAUGUCACCGAGAGCUGCCUUCAAGAGAGUUAUCCAACUUUGAGGCUCGUCGAGAAUCGCACAUCGAGUCAUGUAUCGUAGCCCAUAGCGCAUACAGCCCAGGAUCAAGGUCGGGGUCAGGGCCGGGAUCAGUCGGAUCCAGCAUGCCGGGCAGCCAUGGGGUGCCGCCUCUGACUGCUCGAAGAACUGGUAUGUUCCCGUAUCUAGCGACUGAGAAGGACUGCGUCGACUCUGCGGAAUGUACUAUCUGUCUCGAGGAAUUCGAGGUUGGCGUUCCUAUGGCACGCUUGGAGUGCCUGUGUCGUUUCCAUCGGUCUUGCAUCACUGCAUGGUUCGUCGAUCAUCCAGGGCGCUGCCCGGUUCAUCAACAUGACAGUUUCGGUUAUUAACAAAUGAUGACCACACUAUCAUACUCUCAUUAUACACUUCUGCGGCCAGUAGUCGUAGUCAAGUUUAUUCGGACCUAUCGCGUUGUAUUUAUACCAAUCCAUCGCUCUGGAAGUCCAAGUAUAGGUAUAGUUCAGGAGGACGGCGUCCUAACAUAUACUUCGCGGUCUUUACACUCUGCAUAUUCCCACCACGGUUCAGCGUUAGGUCUUUCUCCCCUUAGACGUGGCCUCGAGUCAACGUCAUCACACAGUCUGGAGUCCGGCGUAUGGCUCUAUCAUUUUAGCGUUUGGAUAGAUACUCUAGAUAAUAUACCACUGCUGUUCAAAUUACGGAUGGACGUCUUACCCCCUAACCAUUUCUCGGUGACACAAAUCGCUAGAUGCUACCUACUGUACAGUAUGAACCAAGUUUCCCGACGUCAUACCGGCUUGUUUCAACUGCCUACAAUUCUUCUAUGCUCGUCGGCUCUUAUUAGUCUAGUUCGUCGAAGUACACACAUAUUCACACAUAGUAGUAAGCUUCCGGUAACCCAUGAGCUGCGCGAACAGGGGUUGGGGUCCUUUAGUGUAUGUA